CCUCGCAGGUAAGGUCCCGGACGAAAUGACCAAAACACCCCCGGCUCUCUCCGCCGUCGCGCUUCCUGGUUAAGUAGUAAUUCUCCCCCCGCUCUGCUGUCCUCUUUCGUCAACUCCCGCUUCGCAAGACCAAAACUUUCUCUCCGGAGCAGCCAAACGAGCUUUGGGAAAAAGUACAUCUUUUUAUAGAGAGAGAGAGAGUUUGCAGAGAGAGAAAUGGAUGGUGGAAGCAGCCAGGGCCACAGGGCGGAGGCGGAGCGGUGGCUCACGGCGGCGGCGAAGCUCCUCGCCACGCGAGACUUCCAGGGGACCCGGACCUUCGCGAUCCGGGCCCGGGAGUCCGACCCGGGGCUCGAAUACGCCGACCACAUGCUCGCCGUCGUCGACACCCUCCUCGCCGGCGAGUCGCUGGUCAACAACCAGCCCGACUGGUACGCGAUCCUCCAGCUCGGCCACCUGACCCAGAGCCUGGAGCUGAUCGCGACCCAUUUCCGCAGGCUCACGCUGCUCCUGAGUCCGGAGAGGAACCGCUUCCCCUUCGCCGAUCAGGCUCUUAGGCUCGUCUCCGACGCGUGGUCGGUGCUGUCGAACCCUAGCAAGAAGGCAUUGUACGAUAACGAAUUGAAGCUUAGCUUGUUGGGACAGCUUGGGAGUCAGACGCCUCCGUCUAGAAAUAUUCGGGGUAACGAUUGGAAUGCUCCGGUUGAGAAUGAGAGGCCGGUUUUCGGGAACGGCACGCCGGUGCAGCCUCGGCCUACCCGGCUAGCGAGCCAAGCUACCGAGUCGGUGUCGGCCACCUUCUGGACUGCGUGCCCGUACUGUUACUAUCUCUACGAGUACCCUAGGGUUUAUGCGGAGUGUGUGCUCAAGUGCCAGAAUUGCAAGAGGGCAUUUCAAGCGGUGGUGAUACCGUCGCCGCCUGUGUCUGAGAAAGAUACGCACUUUUCUUGUUGGGGGUUCUUCCCAAUUGGGUUUCCGGGGCUACCAAGUCAAACUGAGGGUGCCUCUGGUUGGAUGCCUAUGUCACGUAUGGUUGCAUGCCCUGCUCCUGGGCAAGGAACUUCUCAGGGAGAGCAAAAAGGCGGGAAUGCUGGGCAGAGACCUGCCCCAAGGGUGUAUUAUGACGAUGACGAUGUUUAUGUAGAGCUUUCGGAAUCAAGUGCGGAUUCCGGUGAAGAGUGGGGGAGUAAAAGAAAGACAAGGAGAGUCAAGAGGAAGAGUCUGGGGAGUAGAAGUGUUGCUAAUAAAGUGCCAAUAGAGAGAACAAGAAGAGGGAAUGCGGAUGCGGAUGAGCAGGGAAAUAAUGGUGGUGGGGAUAAUGUGGUUAGUGGGACUGCUGCGAAAGGUGGGGAGAGGACAGAGUCUAGUAAGAAGGGGACAGAGUCAAGUAAGAAGGCGACGGGGAGUUCUACGAGGAAACAGACGGCAAAAGCGGGAAUGGGUAAGUUGGAUUUGAAUGUGGAGUUUAGUAAUGAGGUGGAAGAGCCCGCAAGAGUUGUGAGUCAAGGGAAUAGGACAGGAAAUGGUGAGGAGGAUGAAGGGACUGAGUUUUUCGAAGGUCUUGAUGAGUUCCUAAGCAGUUUGCCUAUACUUUCUGUGGUCAAUGACGAUAAGGUUAAGGCUGCUUAGGGUAGUAAGGCUGCUUUUGUAGCUCUCUUUCGCAUGGUUGUUUGUUGUAUUUCAACCUGUCGAGUUUGGAGCUCUGUUGAAUUUAGGUCUGUUUCAACCUUUGAGGGCACCUUUUGUUGGUAUCACAUAUUAUACAAGCAGGAAGCGUUGGUUUCGGAUGACCUGAAGACAAAUGCAUAUUGGAGGAAGGCAAAAUUCACUGGCAUCUUCGCAGAAAAAGAGUACACAAUGUUCUUUCAGGUAUGUGCGAUCACCGAUCUGUCUCCAUCAAUGCACUAAGGUGCUAGCAGCUUCUCCUAUGAUUGAGAAAAGACAAUUGAAGCUGCGGGUUGGUUUACUGUCCUCCUUUUACACUCUGGGUCUCAACUUGUGCAUUGGUUCCUUGGAGCAGUUGCUAUGAAUAUACCAUGUACUCUUUCUUUUGGACAAGUAGCUUGUUGAAUUUCAAGUUGGAGGCUAAUCUCCAUAGUUAGAAAUCCAGUCAGGUCUAUCGUGCCACAUUGUCUAUGUUAUAGCCCUUGAGCUA